GCCCAUCUCCGGACGCCUUCGGCCAGGUGGGACCCCUCUAUCCUCAGCCCGCCAAAUCUAGCCUCCGCUCCGAGGAACCCGCGUCGCCGCUCGCCGGCAGCAACGGUCCACACCGCCCCCCGGGCGCGUCUCCUUACUAAGGCCGCCGCGCGGCGCGGCAUCCGAGGCCAUCCCUUCCGAUCACCCCACGCUGUGUCUGCCGCUCCCGCCUCCUCCGGCUCCCGCCCCCGCUCACCGGCCCUCCCCUACGCUGGCGGCGAUGGGGUGCGGGCCGUCGACAGGCGAGGGGGCCGAGCCGCGGCGGCGGCGGCGGGGGUGGGCGCGGGAACGGGCGCUGGGGAACAGCGAGGCGUCCACCACGGGUCUGCUGGCGCAGCGGCAGCAAGGGCAGGAGGCGGAGUCGUCGCCCGCGGCGGGUAGGAGGCGAGGCAGCAAGGUGGCACCCGAGCCCAAGGAGCAGGGGGAGGAAGCCGUCGGCCGCGCGGCGCUGCCGUCGACGCCGGGAUCGCCCAGCUUUAGGUACUACUGCCAGAAGACGGCGUUCGUCGACAAAAUCGUGGCCGACGCCGACGCCAGCAGCGACGGCUCCGUCAGGACCAGAGCAGCGACGACGCGUCAGGCGAGCAAUAGGAACGAGGUCACCACGACCAAUGCACAGGAGUCCAGUCAGGUGCCCGAACCUAAAACCGAAUCUAAAGAGGGAGCCAGGUGGCUUCGGUUCAGAGGCUUGUCGAUGGUCACCACCACUUGGCACAACUUGUUCAGCCGCCACACCAGCAAGGCUUCGCCGUCUCCUGCUGCAGAAUCACAGCCUCCCCCUGCUGCUGCUGCAGCUGUAAGAUCUCAUCUCUGAUCACGCAGCGCUGUAUAUUGGAUCUUUUUUCAUUUUUACUACGUCUCAGCUUGUAAAACACAUGCAAUGGCUGAUUCAGUCAUCGUUCACGAUGCUAGCUUUGCAUCAUUUGCUGCCUUUUUUUUCUUCUUCUGAUCUUGGUUAGUGCUUAGCUAACCCUGUAUUUGAGAAACUGAUCCUGUAAAUGAUGUAAGGAGCAUCAGCAGCACCGGACUGCUCCUGUUGUCAUAGAGAAAAAUACAAAUUUAGCGUUUGGAAAAGAGAGCAAUCUGGAAGCUGUUCAUCCAA